CUAUAUAUAUUCGAAAGGAUUUGAUACGAUGCGACAUCUUUUUUCCAGUUCUUCAUCUUCAUCUUCGAAUAAUGUUUUUUUUCUUUUGGAAGAAAUCUUCGAAUAAUGUUGGUUGAGCAAAAAUAGGGAAAUUUAAUCAAAGACUCAACAUUUGUGAACCAAUUUACGUUUCUAAAACAGAAUCAAAUCUCUUCUCUUUCAUUCCUUCCUUCUGCUCCUUUCUCCAGAACCCAUCCACUGGCUGGUCUACUACAAUUUCAGAUCUAGCUCUCCUCUGCCACCUACCAAAUCAGAUCUUCAUCAUCAAUGGCUUCCAACCUAUAUACCAAUGGAGAUUUGGCAUCUGUGCCUAAUCUUGAGAAAAAUCUCCACCUGCUUUCUCCUCACCAAGUUGAGAUUGCCAAGACAUUGUUGGAGUUGGGACAGAGUCAUUUGUUCGAGCAUUGGGCUGAACCAGGAGUCGAUGACGAUGAAAAGAGAGCUUUAUUUGAUCAGGUUACUCUGCUCAAUGCAAAUUACCCAGGUGGUUUGGAAUCAUACAUUGAGACUGCUAGAGAACUUUUAGCAGAUUCAAAAGCUGGGAAAAACCCAUUUGAUGGAUUCACACCUUCAGUUCCAGAAGGUGAUAUCUUGACUUUUGGUGAUGAUAACUUCAUCAAAUUUGAGGAAAUGGGUAUUAGAGAAGUUGGGAGAGCUGCAUUUGUCCUUGUAGCCGGUGGACUUGGUGAACGUUUAGGCUAUAAUGGAAUUAAGGUGGCUCUUCCUAGAGAGACUACUACAGGAGUUUGCUUUCUACAACAUUAUAUUGAAUCUGUUCUUGCAUUACAAGAAGCUAGCUAUGCCUAUAAUCUCUCACAAGGAGAUCAAGGUGAAAAAAAGAUUAUUCCAUUUGUAAUAAUGACCUCUGAUGACACUCAUGCUCGUACGCUGCAACUUUUGGAGUCGAAUUCUUAUUUUGGGAUGGAGCCUAAGCAAGUAAAGCUUUUGAAGCAGGAAAAAGUUGCUUGUUUAAACGAUAAUGAAGCAAGGCUUGCAUUGGAUCCCCAAAACAAGUAUAGAAUUCAGACUAAACCUCAUGGCCAUGGUGAUGUGCAUUCCCUUCUGUUCUCUAGUGGCUUACUCAAUGUUUGGCAUGAUGCUGGUUUGAGAUGGGUACUAUUUUUCCAAGACACAAAUGGGCUUCUUUUCAAUGCAAUUCCAGCAGCAAUAGGUGUAAGUGCCACUAGACAAUACCAUGUCAACUCUUUAGCUGUUCCUAGAAAAGCAAAAGAAGCAAUUGGUGGGAUUACUAAACUUACUCACAUUAAUGAUGGGAGAACAAUGGUGAUAAAUGUGGAGUAUAACCAGCUUGAUCCUCUGCUUAGAGCUUCUUCUGAAUAUCCUGAUGGAGAUGUGAACUCAUCUGAAACCGGCUAUUCUCCUUUCCCGGGAAAUAUUAAUCAACUUAUAUUAGAACUCGGCCCUUAUAUUGAGGAGCUCACAAAAACCAAAGGUGGGAUAAAGGAGUUUGUUAAUCCAAAGUAUAAAGAUGCAAGCAAAACUUCCUUUAAAUCUUCAACAAGGCUGGAAUGUAUGAUGCAGGAUUACCCAAAAACACUGCCUCCAACAGCUAGAGUGGGAUUUACCGUAAUGGAUGCAUGGUUUGCAUAUGCACCGGUGAAAAAUAACCCUGAGGAUGCUGCUAAGGUACCAAAGGGUAAUCCGUAUCAUAGUGCCACUUCGGGAGAAAUGGCCAUCUACCGUGCUAAUAGUCACAUUCUUAGAAAGGCUGGUGUUUAUGUAGCUGAUCCUGUACUAGAGGUCUUCAAUGGACAGGAGGUUGAAGUGUGGCCUCGUAUCACAUGGAAGCCUAAAUGGGGUCUCACCUUUAAUGAUAUCAAAAAGAAAGUUAGUGGUAGUUGCUCAAUAUCUCAAAGGUCCACUAUGAUUGUUAAGGGUCGCAAUGUUUUUCUGGAAAAUCUAUCCUUGGAUGGGGCUCUUGUCAUUGAUGAUGAUGGAGUUGAAGAAGAUGCAAAAGUAAGAGUUGGUGGUUCGGUACAUAAUAAGGGUUGGAACAUCGAAAAGGUUGAUUAUAAAGAUACUUCAGUAGCUGAGGAGUUAAGAAUUAGAGGUUUUAGAAUCAUCAAAAUUGAGCUGCUGGAAAAGAAUGGAAAAGAAUGAUAGUGACCCUGAAUUGCCAUCCUAAAAUCUCUUCUUUUUUAUUUUUGAACAAAUCAUUCUCUUCUUUUUCAUUUUGGCUUAAUUAAUCUUUUUCUAUUAUAUAAUUUUUGUUAAUAAUAAGUAGAGAGAAUGAUUUUUGUAAUAAUACGCAGUGUGCUUCAUGCGUGAAUUUUGUCUCUGAAAAUUACAAAUAAUUUCAAACUCGAAAUUUUGUCUCAAAA